AUGGGUGAAGUUGAAGUUCCUCCAUUUUUCCUCUGCCCCAUUUCUCUAGACAUCAUGAAGGACCCAGUCACAGUCUCAACGGGCAUAACAUAUGAUCGUGAAAGCAUCGAGAAAUGGAUAUUUUCUGAGAAAAACAGUGCGUGCCCAGUCACUAAACAAGUCAUCUCCGAUUCCGAUUUGACGCCGAACAUCACUAUCCGGCGACUGAUCCAGUCAUGGUGCACCCUAAACGCCUCCUAUGGCAUCGAAAGAUUUCCAACACCAAAGCCCCCGAUCAACAAAGCCCAGAUGGCGAAGCUCCUCCGUGAUGCCAAAUCUCCACAAUUACAAAUGAAAUGUCUCAAAGAACUGAGAUCACUAGCUUCUGAAAGUGAGACAAACAAACGUUGCAUGGAAGCAGCCGGAGCCGUAGAAUUCUUAGCUUCAAUCAUAAACAACACCAACGAAUCAUCAGUAUCAGAAGAAUCGGAAGAUGGGUUUGAUCUCAAAAAAGCCAGUGAUGAAGCCCUAAGUAUUCUCUAUUAUCUUGAAUUAUCAGAAGCUGGACUCAAGUCUCUCUCCGGCCAAAAUGGUGAAUUCAUUGAAUCCUUAACACAGAUCAUGCAACGGGGGAACUUCGAAUCGAGAACUUAUUCUGUGUUGUUAUUGAAAUCGAUCUUCGAAGUAGCGAAUCCAAUGCAGCUGAUGAGUUUCAAACCAGAAUUAUUUGUUCAAUUAGUCCAAGUCUUGAAGGAUCAGAUCUCUCACAAAGCCACCAAAGAUGCACUGAAACUACUGAUCAAUGUUUGUCCAUGGGGAAGAAACAGAGUCAAAACAGUCGAAGCCGGGGCGGUGCGGGAAUUGAUUGAUCUUUUACUCGAAGCCCAUGAGAAAAGGGACUGUGAAAUGAUACUAGUGGUUUUGGAUCAACUGUGCCAGUGUGCAGAGGGAAGAGCCGAGUUGUUGAACCAUGGAGCUGGAUUAGCAAUUGUGUCAAAGAAGAUACUAAGGGUUUCGAAGAUGGCAACUGAAAGGGCUGUGAGGAUUCUAGUUUUUGUUUCGAAGUUUUCUGCAACUCCAAGUGUUCUUCAAGAGAUGCUGAAUCUGGGUGUGGUGGCAAAGCUUUGCCUGGUGCUUCAAGUGGAUUGUGGUAGCAAGACCCAAGAGAGAGCUAGAGAGAUCCUUAAAUUGCAUGCCAAGGCAUGGAAGAACUCUGCUUGCAUCACAUACGAUCGAGAGAGCAUUGAACACUGGUUAUUCAAAUUCGAAGGCGACAACAUGAUAUGUCCUGUGGCUAAACAGGCCUUGUCUAAAGACUCAGACUUGACGCCGAACCACACUCUCCGGCGACUCAUCCAAGCAUGGUGCAUCACCAAUGCAUCAAUGGGUAUUGGUCGAAUCCCGACUCCGAAACCUCCUCUUAGCAAGUUUCAUGUCCUCAACCUCGUGAAAGGGCUUUGGGUCCCAAAAUUACAGCUGAAAACGCUGGAAAAAUUGGAAGUCCUAGCAAUGGAGAACGAAAGGAACAUGAAAUACAUGGUUGAAGCUGGUGUAGUUAAGGCAAUGGUCACUUUUAUCAUAGCAUCUUACAAGAAAAAAGAAACAACUGGUCUUGAAGAAGCUCUGAAGUGUGAUUGGGAUAAUAAAGUGACCGUGAAGAACCAUGCAGUUUUGUUAUUGAAGACAAUCACCGGAAAAGCUGACUCCGGUGUAUUGGAGAGACUGAAACUCGAAUUCUUUGAGAGAAUUAUACAAGUUCUAAGAGAAGGUAUUUCUCAACAAGGAAUAAAAGCUGCUUUGCAGGUCUUAUUAGACGCUUGUCCAUGGGAAAGAAACCGAAUAAUGAUGGUUGAAACUGGGGCAGUUUUCCAACUCAUAGAGCUCGAAUUGGGUUCUCCGGAAAACAGAACCACCGAGCUCAUCUUGGGAGUAUUGUUCCAUCUCUGUUCAUGCGCCGACGGGAGAGCUCAGCUUCUGAGUCAUGCCGGCGGUAUAGCUGUGAUCACGAAAGAGAAUUCUGAAUCUUUCUCCGGCAGCCGAUGA